AUGCCUGCCUCUGCCGAAAUCCAAACAGCAACGCUUAACAGGUUCAUUGAAGGCUGGAAAGGCUGGACCCCAGAUGGCUUCCUCGCCAGUUGGUCCCAUGAUUGCACCCAAGUGACGCUCCCUUUCAGCUCUGGAGUACCGCCACAUACCCGUGCCAGCGUUACGAAGCUAUUCCCGCAGCUCAUGUCGAUUUUAACCAACUUCCAGCUCAUCGUACAUAAUGUGAUUCACGACCCGGCACAAAGCAAAGCAGUAAUCUACGCAAUUACAACAGCGGACUCCCCAUUUGGGCCAUACAAGAACGAACAAGCAUGCUUUGUGUGGUUUGAUGAGAGUGGCGAGUACGUGACUCGGAUUGAGGAGAUGUUCGAUGGUGUGUUUAUGCAGAAUUUUCUUCCUAAAUUAGAAGCGUAUAUCAAGGGGCAGGGGGGAUCUUGA